ACACGAUGACGUUUUGGUAAACCAAACUCAAAAUUGGUUCGAGUCAUCUUGUUUAGGGAAGAAUAAAGAUCCAAUUUUGGCCUUAUUAACUCCAUAGCCAACCUUAAAGCUUCAAUCUUUCUUUCCUUUGCUGUAUACCUUUCUUCUAUUCAAAACUCAGGAAUAUUUUGGGGAAAAAAGUUGAAAUCAGUAACAUCCAAAGAGAUGCAGGAAGCUGCCAUUGAUCUAUCACUCAACACUAAGAAUGUCUUCUUGUCAGCUCUCCGUUUCGCAAUGUCCAUUGACACGCUGAAGAGCUCUCCUGAGAUUGCUCAUGAACUCAAAACCUCAGCUCAAGAACAAGUGGAAUUCAUGCUAGCCGGAGACGAAGAGGUACGGUUACUGGUUUCUGAAGAGGAAACGAAAUCUGUCGUAAGAUUAGGCAUCUCGAAUGUUACAUCGACGUUAUUGGACAGAUUAUCAUCAUUGCUUCUUCUUCUUCCUGAAUGUCCUGAGUUUGAUGUUCUUACUACACUCUAUGAUAUGGAGUGGCUGUGCAAAGUAUUGCCGAGGAUGGAAUUGAUGAAAGAUCUUGUCUUUAAGUGGGCAGAUAUAUCGAGUGAGAUUCUUUUGAUAGUUGAGAACUGUAAGUUAGAUUCUAGGAUAAUGGGUGUGAAGGUGAAGCUAGUUGAAGUUACAGGGAAGGUUUUAGAAGCGGUUGGUUAUGGAAUCGUGAUUGUUCCUUCUAGAAGCCGGGCUUGUCUUUUGAAGAUGUGGUUGCCUUUCAUAAGGAGGCUAAAGACUUUGGUUGAUGCAGAAGGAACUGAGUCUGGAUAUAGAAUGGAUGAAGAUCUUUGCGAGUUCAUUGAAGGAUCGAUGGUGUCUUUGGUUUUGACAUUGCCUUCGAAAGACCAAGCAGAAGUGUUUGGGGAAUGGAUGAGAGGGAUUGGAUUGGAAGGUGUGAAGUUUCCGGAUUUGAGUGAAGCGUUUGAGGUUUGGUGUUAUAGAAGCAAGUCUGCAAAGAGAAGAUUGUUGGAAAGAUGUGAUAGACUUGCAAGUGAAAAUGUUUCCCUUUGAAUAUAAGAUAUUAAUAUAGGAAUUUGGAAGUGCAGAACAUGUAGCUAAGCUUUUCUAAGUUCCAAAGCUUUUCUUCUUCUUCUUUAAGCUGGUCUGCUUAUUUCCAUGGUGGAUGAAGACAGCAGCUUUUGUUCACUUCACAGUUCACACAUGAUGCCUUGACUUAGACCGUCAGCGAAGAUAAGACCGGAUAGGUCCAAACCUAGACUGAGAGAAGGAGAAAUCGAAGCGCCCGGGAUUCAGAUCAUCUGAAUCUCCAUUCCUUGUCACAUUUGUAAUCUUGUAUCAUCUUUUACUCUCCUUGAUCUGCUAGCUGCUUCAUUGUAAUCGUGGAUUGUAUUAGGAGUGACAGAAAGCUCCUGAUUCUUGUACUUGAUUUAUGAUAUAUUUAGCGUAAGA